AUGGUAGAUAAAGAUCAGCUGAUUCAAAUAAUAAAUCAACUAAUCACGCCACCAGCAGAAACGUGGAAAAAUGACCCAUUCGAAGUAUUAGUAAAACAAUGUCCAAAAGUAGUUUCCGAUAAGUAUCUAACCCCACAUUCUGUCGAUUCUAUUCCAUCAACAUCUGAUGAUGUGAGAACUGUAAAUGCGGACGCAAGAGUUCACUAUUCGCAACUACUCGGCAGCCUUUUCCUUGAGCUAGCAAGUACAUUAAGUACAUUACGGACUUUAUCUCCUGACGAGUAUCAGUUAAUCUCGCUUCAAGACGUAUCACUUAUCAAAAAGUCCUUCGAGUUCUUCUUGCUAACCGGAAUUCUUCCAUUUUUGGAGCCUGGAGUUGGUCUGCCAGCUUCAACAAGAAGUACGUUCAUCAAAUCAUGGAAACUUUACGACGGAAACAAAGAAUCGUGUAUUGAAAGACUUGACUUUGCUGCAAAAGUUAUUGUGGCUCUGCUGGAAAGCAAUGAAGCCAUCGCCGUUCAAUUCUUGCCGAAAUUUAUUUAUGACAUUCUUGCUGUUCGUUAUCAGCUUCUCGAGCUCAAAGUGGACAAAUACGAGUUACAACUAGAAGACAUUAUUUCAAAGUGCCCAAUGGACGUUCUUUUCGGUGGUUUGAUGUUUUUGACUCAGGACAGAAAAUCAGUGAAAACUCCGAUGUGGCUCAAAAUUUCUUGUGGAAAGCAAAUGACUAAAAUUUUGGUGGACAAGGAUGGAUUAUCAUAUCUUCUGCAAUACUAUCGUGAACGCGCUGGCGAUACAUGGACUGACAAUCUCCCACUAACUAAGCAAGUUGCCUGGCAUCUUGCUACUGUUCCAAAAAUGUUCAAGCAUCCACUGCAGUAUCACGAAAUCAUCUCCAAUCAAUUCUUUGAGCUAAUUUGGAGUCAAAAGGUCCUAGACAAGACCACGGUGACCGUCUUCACGAAUUACGUCGAUGAGCUUCGUACACGAUUCUGGCUGAAUGCUGAUCUGACAGUGUUCGAUAAAAUUCUGAAUUUUUGGGAGAUUCUCGGAAAGAAACUCCAAGACAGAACACUGACUACUUCGGAGAAAAUUGAAACGUUCUCACCGAACUAUGUGAGGAACCUUCAGCUUCUCUCUCAGCUUCAAAAUACCUCCGAUACAAAACGGCUCCGGGCGUUGAUAAUUUGUUUCAUAGCUUGUAUCGAACAAAUUCCAUACAUAAAGGAUAUCUUGAAGGGCGCAUUGGAUGGCGUCGGCAGUUUAGGUUACACUAUUUAUUAUUAUGUGAUAACUCCAUCACUCGUGGUCCAAUUGCACAACAAAUCAAAAAUUACGUCUAUGAUUGAAGAAGUUGGAGAAAGUAAUGUAGAUGAAUCCCCAGCCGACGAGCUCUGGGUUUAUGGUUUCGACAAUCCUGACGAUGGCGUCGCUCGGCGUCUUGAUACCGCGUUUUACGUUGUCGAUAAUGUGUUGUCCUCAGCGCAGACACGUACGCUUAUGGAAAUGAUGAAUGCGGCCCUAGAAGAUUUUCUUAAAGUUUCUGAAAAAGAAAGGGAUGACGAUUUCGCUAGAUUUGUUCAACUUGAUGGAUCGAAACAUUUCUCUUCAUCACAUGCUCAUUUAGUAGUUGGUUGCUGCUACGAGAGACUUAUCUCUAUUGCCGGUGAUCACGGAUUUUCACAAGAAGAAUGCAUUCAACUCAUCAAAAUAUCCGAGUCUAUUCUUAACAAUGCCACUGCCAAAUUCUUGAGAAUCGUAGCGCGAAAACGUGCAGUUGACGUCUUCCAGCUCUCAGCAGCUGAGAAAAAAGAGUUUGAGCAUACCAGAGAUACCGCCAGAAUGUGCCUUCCGAUCAUCAGUACAAUUUUCUUUAUAACUCAAGGAACGCCACGUAUGCAAGAUGUUCAUCUUAAAUCGAUGGAAGCAAUGGCGAACUUCACCAAAGCGGCCGACUUGUUACCUUCGGAAGAUCCAACAUUCAAUUCAGCUGUUGAUGAGGCCAAAGGUCUUCUCAGAAAGCUUAAAAUUGAUGUUAAUCAAGUGAGCGCUCCAGUUGUUCCACAAAGAAACGAGCGCCGCCGAUACAAUCAGACAGAUGUUUGUAACGAUUGGAUUGAGGAACUUCAUGAUGAUGAGCCAGCAGUGAAAGGAGGCGCACUUAUCCUCAUUGCAAAAGCGUUCCGUGCAAAAUCAUGGCACUGUCAGAAAUUACUCGAUUACGCUGCAUUCGAUACAGUGAAAGACAUGGUGAGUGAUACGGAUUCGUACGUCUAUCUAUCAGCAAUCAAUUGUCUUUGUGAAAUGGCUCUUUUCGAUCGUCACGUUUUCGAUGGAUUUAUUGAAUACUAUGAAGAAAUAGCAAGUAUUCCGAACAAAGACGAAAGAUUAAUUAUUCGAGUGGGCAGGACUUCGGAAGCACUCGGAAAACUUCUUAUUGCACGUGGAGAGACUUCGAUUGCCUACUUUGAUCGGUUAGCAACUGUUUUCAUGAGUGGAAUCAAUGAAAAAGAUGAGCUUUCACGUGCCAGCAGUUGUGGUGCAUUUGGAAAUCUUCUCAUGGCUACUGGCGGUAAAGGAGUGGCGAAGUGGAUGGAUCAGUUGCUUCAAACUAUCACUAACGUUCUUCGUACCGAUAGAUCACCACUUGUCAGACGCUCUGCUACCGAUUUGAUUCGACACAGCCUUCAUUCAGUUGGCAGAGAUAUGUUUGUGGUUCUUCGAGAACGUCUUCUUGAUAUUCAUAGGGAAGUUCGUCAACUUUGGAGAACCGAUCGUGAUGAGACAGUCCGUCUUCAUGCUCAGUUGUGCGUUGAAGAGAUCGCUGCAGCUCUCCGUCAGAAUCAAGAAGACGUGGACAGAGAAUAUCAGAGAAAACUACGGCUCUAA